AUGUCUAGUCGAGCUGGCGGAUUGUACGGAGGAAUCCAAUUCUCCUCUGGAACUGUAUUUCAACCCUCUGUUCCCCCUACUACCACUACCGCUGCUGCUGCUGUUCCUACCCCUGUUCCACUUCCUCAAACUGUAGAUGUUCUCACCCAACAACCUGUUACAACCGAACAAACCCCCAAGCCUCAAGCUGACCCAAUCUCCGGAAAAUCCACACCUGCAUGGUCCGCUGCCCUUGCUUUCGCACCCGUACGCCGCAACCAAGCACAAAAAACGAAAACAGCAGCGCCUAGGUUGCCUGCCGGUGCUUCACUUCUCGCGUCGGCUCCUCUCAACUCCGCAUUUUCGUCCACCGCAAUCGUCUUUGCGCCCCCCGCUUUAAUAGAACCCGCGAACCCCACUCAGGAUGCCCCACAACCAGCAACGCAGGGAUGGGGGAAGAAGGUCAAACCACCUUCCAUGGUCUUGGAUGAAGAUGUAAAUGGGUUCAAAUCAACACACAAAAAGAAGCAAGGAGGAAAGGGUAAAGGGAAAAAGAAUAAAAAUGCACCUCCCAUUCUUUUAUGGGACCCUAUGGAACAAUAUGAUCCCCUUCGACCAAAUGAUUACAAUGAAUACAGAGUCUGGCGCCAAAAAGACCGUAUUGAGCGACGAGAGCGCCUUGCCGAACAACGUCGGAUGGAGGAGCGAAAGCGUUCCAGGCGGAGUGCUAGUUAUUCUGACAGCGAAGAAACUGGAUCUGAAGAGGAUAGCAGGCCUCGUAAAGCAGGCAGAUUCCAUGAAUCAUUCGACCAUUGGUCCAGGGCCGAUGAGGAAAGAGCUGGCGCGGCGCACUCCUCUGCGAUAGGCCAGCCUUUGCCUGUCGCCCCGAUAGAACGCAACCUUACUGGGGACGAGGCUUUCCAGCGUCGUUUGGCGAUGUCUGCCAUCCCACCCGUGUCGACACCUCCAACUGCCCCUUUCGCUUCCCCUUCUCCCCCAAAUGACGAUACGGUGCCUGGCCCGUCAGCCACCGCCGUCAAAGUUAAUAUCGAUUCUGGCGAAGAAGCAUAUUUGCGACGUUUAGCAAUGGCCGGCAUGGCACCUGUUCAACCUCCUCCAGUAGCUCCGCCUUCACCUCCACCCCUGGCAUAUAAUCCCUUUGCUCCACCCUCGGUGCCGCCUCCGCCACCAGGACCGCCUGCCACAGUGAUCUCUAAUAUAUUUGAAGACAAAGUCAAGGCUGCCGCCGCAAUAGCUGCCAAGUUGGGUGCUUUGGCCGCAAGUGGCUCCCAACCACCAGCCCCCAUUGAAGAAAAAAAACCCGAUCCUCACGGGUUCGCUGCACGCCUGAUGGCCAAAUGGGGCCAUAAAGAAGGACAAGGUCUCGGCGCCGACGGCACAGGGAUUGUCAAUGCCUUGACGGUCGAACAAGUUUCACAAGUGAAGGGAGUCAAGGGUAAACCGGUUAAGGCUCAAGGUCACGGAGGAUCUAGCGGGAAAGGUCUCAAAGUCGGUUCCAAGAUGGGCAAAAUUAUCAACAACAACGAAGAUGCGAAAACCAGAGAUGACAGGGAGCGAUUCGGUGAUCCCAGCCGUGUCGUCGUUCUCACCAACAUGGUGGGAAUGGAGGACGUCGAUGAUGGAGAUCUUCGCGAAGAAAUUGGAGAUGAAUGUUCAAAGAAUGGAACUGUGGAACGUGUCGUCGUACACCCUGUUUAUCCUCCCCCACCAAAUCCGGACGAUGCUGUUCGUAUCUUUGUCCUCUUUGCCGGACCAGCUGGCGCUUGGAAAACUGUAAGGGAGCUUGACGGACGUUAUUUUGGUGGGAGGUCCGUUCGUGCUAGGUAUUUCCCAGAACAACGCUUUCAUCGCAGCGAUUUGGAUUGUUCGCUUUGA